CAUGCCGUCCAAUCUUCCUCCACACAAAGUCGGACAUUAAUAGUACUGUAGUUAAGUUGGAGUGACAAAAAAAAAAACACAAAUAUUCAAGACAAAGCCAUGGAGGUGGUUGAAGUUCUGCACAUGAAUGGAGGGAUUGGAGAAACCAGUUACGCCUGUAAUUCAUCUCUCCAGGGAAAGGUCAUUUCCAUGACCAAGCCCAUAACUGCAGAGGCCAUAUUCAAUCUCUGUUCAACGACCACUUUGCCCAAAAGCCUUGGGAUUGCAGACUUGGGUUGUGCCUCCGGACCCAAUACCUUGUCGGUGGUCUCUGACCUUAUCAAUCUCAUCCGCACCAAAUACGGCGAGACGGGUUGUCCCUCCCCAGAGUUUAAGGUGUUYUUGAAUGACCYUCCAGGGAAUGACUUCAAUACUAUUUUCAGAUCCUUGCCAGACUUGUACAAGAAAUUGAGGCAAGACGACCCAGGAAAAGAUUCUGGGCCAUGUUUUAUAUUUGGAGUUCCUGGUUCUUUCUAUGGUAGGCUGUUCCCAAGCCAGAGCCUUCACUUUGUUCAUUCUUCAUAUAGUCUACAUUAUUUGUCUCGGGUUCCUGAAGGGGUAGAAGGUAAUAAGAGGAACAUUUAUAUGGCGAAAACAAGCCCUCCAAGCGUUUUCAAAGCAUACUUGGAGCAAUUUGAAAGAGACUUUUCAGUGUUUCUUAAGUCACGCUCAGAAGAGAUGGUUCCAGGAGGACGUAUGAUCUUAACACUUCUGGGUAGGAGGAGCCAAGAUCCCUCCAGUAAAGAGUGUUGUUAUAUGUGGGAGCUGCUGGCGCAGGCGCUCAAUAGCAUGGUUUAUGAGGGAUUAAUUGAAGAGGAGAAAGUGGACACAUUUAAUCUGCCCCUGUAUACACCAUCUCCAAGCGAAAUAAAGACUGUGAUAGGAAGAGAGGGAUCCUUUAACAUUGAUAGACUAGAAACUUUUGAGGUACACUGGAAUCCUGAAGACAAACCCGGUAAUAACGAAGUUGACAAGCUAAGAGGUGCAAACAUCGUAGCCAGAUACAUGAGAGCUGCAGCAGAACCAUUGCUUGUUGAUCACUUUGGGGAGGCUUUAAUGGAACAAGUAUUUUGGAGGAUCAGAGAGAUCCUGGCUAAUCGCAUGUCCAAGGAGGAGACUAAACAUACUAAUGCCAUCGUCUCCGUGACCAGAAGAAAAUAAAGGUUAACCGUAUUAGGCUGUCUUGAAUUUAUUAUUACAACUGAGUAUAAUGUAAUAUUGGUUUUAUUAGAGGUGACCUCCGAUGCAAAGCUUCCUCAUUAUUAUAGACAUGGUAAGAAGCGUUUGUGUUAUAUUCUGUGAUAUACUUUUCUUUUUUA